CCUUGCCAUGGUAAGAAGCGCGCCGCCCUUCCUCAUCCACUUCGCUCCUCUAAGAUCUGAAAUGGCGACGGGCUCUCUCUGGGCCGCCCUUCUCAGGCGAGCCCGCGAUGGAAAUCCCAUGGCUCCAUACCUCAGGGCCGUGCCCUUCGCUCGUUUCGAAAGCCUUAGGCCCUUCUCCUCCGGCCACUCGAGGGGCGAAGCCGUCGCCGUCGAGGAGGAGCGCGCGGCGCGGCUGGACGAUCUGAGGAGCCGCCUCUUUCGGCUCCGGUUCCCCAAGCGGAGCGCGACGGCCGCCCUCGAUAAGUGGGUCGGCGAAGGGAGGAAGGUCACGGCCUCGGACCUCCGCCAGAUCGCCAAGGACUUGAAGCGAUCGCAGCGCUAUAAGCAUGCCCUCGAGAUUUUAACAUGGAUGGACUCUUGGGAUAAUUUCCAACCAUCCUCAGCUGAUCAUGCUGCCAGACUGGAGAUGAUUACCAAAGUCCAUAGUAUAGCUGAGGCUGAGCUAUACUUCGAGAAAUUAUCAGACAGUGCUUCAAGGAGGGUUGCAUCCUUCCCUCUUCUUCAUCAUUAUGUGAAGGAAAGGAACUUAGAGAAAGCUGAGGCUCUCAUGUCAAUGCUGCUGAAUUUGGGGCUCGUUGUGGAUCCUCACCCUUUCAAUGAGAUGAUGAAGCUGUACGUGGCCACAGGUCAAUAUAAAAAGGUCCUUGCUGUGAUCCAGCACAUGAAACGCUGCAAGAUCCCUCGUAAUGUUCUUUCAUACAACCUAUGGUUGAAUGCCUCUGGUGAGCUGUCUGGUGUUGCUGUAGUGGAGAUGGUGCAUGAGGAGAUGAUGAAUGACAAGAAUGUUGAGGUGGGUUGGAGCACAUACUCAACCUUAGCCAAUAUCUACACAAAGUCUGGUCUCCUUGACAAGGCAUUCGCUGCUCUUAGAACAGCAGAGGAGAGGCUCUCUGUGAGGAAGCGUCUUGGCUAUUCUUUUCUGAUGACAAAUUAUGCUGCUCUGAAAGACAGGGAUGGAAUUCUGAGGCUCUGGGAAUCCAGUAAAAGAGUACCAGGGAGGAUUUCUUGUGCAAAUUACAUGUCUGUAAUGUUAUGUUUGAUCAAAGUUGGUGACAUUCAAGAGGCUGAGAAGGUCUUCAAGACAUGGGAAAUGGAGUGCAGGAAGUAUGAUGUUCGGGUCUCCAAUGUCCUUCUAGGUGCUUACAUGAGAAAUGGAUGGAUGGACAGGGCUGAGGCAUUGCAUCUCUAUACCUUGGAGGAAGGUGCCUGCCCAAACUACAAAACAUGGGAGAUUCUGAUGGAGGGUUGGGUGAAAUGCAAUCAGAUGGAUAAAGCUGUGGAAGCCAUGAAGAAAGGCUUCUCCAUGUUGAAAGCUUGCAAUUGGAGACCCCGUUCUGAUAUUGUGGUGGCCAUCGCCAAAUAUUUUGAGGAGCAGGGAAAUAUUCAGGAAACAGAGAGGUAUGUGAAAGUUCUUCGCCAUUUACGACUCAUGAGUUUGCCAAUAUACAAGUCUUAUCUGAGAGCAUGCAUAAAUGCUAAAAGAGCUGCUCCCAGUAUGCUAGAGAAAAUGGCAAGAGACGGAAUUAGCUUGGAUGCGGAGGCUGAGGAGCUUAUUCAACGUGUCAGCAAACUUGAUAAUAUCAGUGCUUAUAAUGAUUUUUAUUUAUGGUGAGACAGAUUGAUGAUCUUAUUUGGAGUUGAGCUGGCUACAC